AUGCUAGACGACGUGCGGAAUGAGGCGUGGCCGACGGCCUGCGCAGAAGUGGCGAAUGCGCUCCAGAAGCCGCCCUUCUGCUAUGACGCGUACCGCCAGAUCCUGCAGCGCGCUGGCGUCAGGUUCUACCACGGGGGGCUGAAGUCAUAUAACAGUACCCACCUGCUGCGGUCAUUGGCCUUUGCGACGAGGAGCCGAUUCGAAGACCACCUGGGCGAUUGGGAUGCCCUGAGCAACAUGGGGAACGGGGUCAAGCAAUACGAGCUCGACUACGACACGGCGGUGCAGAUGGUCGAUUCGGUCCGGCGCUCCGGCGUGCCCGAGUACAGCUUGGGCGACCUGGCGUGCUACCUGUGCCUGGCGAAAGCGCAUGCAGCGUAG